UCUCUCUCUCCCUCUCUCCUACCCUCUCUCUCUGCCUCUCUCUCUCCCUCUCUCCUACCCUCCCUGUCUCUCCCUUUAUUUCUGUGUAAUUAUUUCUGUUUCUCCCAUAUCCCCCUCUAUCUGUGUUAAAGUGAGACUGUCUCAUUCAUUGUAUCAGUAUACUCUUAAUCUUGUAUUUGGUUAAGACAAUUCACAUGUUACAAUGUAGGCUAUUGGAAAAAAGAUUGAUUACAUAUCACUGCUUUUGUAUAUACUUUAAGUGUGUGUGUGUGUGUGUGUGUUUGUGUGCGUGCGUGCGUGUGUGUGUGUGUGCAUGUAACAUAGAAAGGGAGGGGACAAAAAGAGGGGGUCUGUUGGUAUUUUUCAUUGUUGGUCGAAAUGCAUUACAUUGCCCUGACCGUGCGGGGGAAUGUGGCGAGUUGGUUUAACGGUAGCUGUUCCCACUGUUUUCUCACGGGAAAACCGCACGAGAAGCAAAGUGGGCGUUUAGAGCCGGAGUGUGACCUGGCUGUUCUCCGCGAACACGCCCAACACUACGACCUUUACGGAUGACGACACGCACUCUAAGGAAAUUAUAGGAAAUACUUUGUGUUAAGUCAGCCGUUCGAUCAGGCUUUAAAAUUAAACUUACAGAAACAUCUCGGUUGCUCUUCGUGGUGAGAAACUGGGAUUGUUGACUGAAUGGAUCUUUCGGGGUACUUGGAGGCUGGCGCAAAUAAUCCUUGGUGUAACAGGGAGAACAACAGAUUCUCUUUCUUCCUCUCUCUCUCCUUCCCUCCCUCUUUCAUAAACACACACGAUGCAUUAAGCGCGCCGCGUGUCACUUGAGCGAAGUUGCUGUCAGCUGCUGGCACGAGCCUCUGACUGAUGACGCGGGCGCUUGAAGCGCUUGCUCGAGCGCAGCAGCACUUAAUUGGCCCCAAGGUCCUCCGUUCCAGCGGCCGCUUCUCUUGCCGUCCCACCAGAUACAACGUCUUAACAUGACCCUGGCCGUACGAGGAAGUACAUUCUAAACUGAAAACGCAAAUAGCCUGAUUACCAGACACAAGAAUGUGAAUGAAACAAAUGGUCGUGGAUCUCUAGGGAAGGUUACGGUUUCGCGUAACUCGUAGUUGGACCGCAGUUGGACUUCCGCGGGGCCGGGUGGACUUAGCGGGGAGGCGAACAUGCUCUGGCCGUGGUUAGCCCACUGGAUUGCGGCUUCGUUGCUUAGCAGCGUAGUGGCACAGUACUCCAGUGACCAGUGCAACUGGCGAGGAAGUGGUCUGAGCCAUGAGUCCCACCAGCAGGACGUGGAGCAGGUCUACCUGCGCUGCUCCCAGGGGUCCCUGGAGUGGCUCUACCCCACGGGGGCCCUCGUCGUCAACCUGCGGCCCAACACGGAGCACCCUCCAGGGGGCGGGCUAUCACCGGGGCCCCAGGCUUGCAUCAAGGCCCGGGCCGACUCCCAGGGGGCCCAGGUGUACGUGGAGCGGGCCGGGCGGCUGAGGCUGCUGCUGGGGGAGGGGCAGCAGGGGGCCAGGGUGCAGUGCUUCAGCCUGGCAGAGGGGGCGCUGUUUGUGGAGGCAGUGGGCCGGAGGGACGUGGGCAGGGAGACGCUGGCGUUCCAGUAUGAGCUGGUGACCAGUUCCUCCGUCUGGACUCCCAGUCACCCCUACCUGGGAGCUGACACAGCCUCCUGUAAACACUGUUCAGAUGAAGAAGUCCUCAUGGCUGUGUGUACCAGCGACAUCGUGGGCAGGGGUAGAAUCCGUGGCGUAAAGAGCUCCUCGUUGCCGGGCGCAGACUACCACUCCGUGUCCAUGGCACUGACGCGACUGUUCCGCCAAAAGGGCGGGAUGUUUGCCAGGGGCGGGGCCAGAGGGCUGGGCUUGAGUAUCAGUCUGAACACGCCCCUGCCGUGUGGUGUGGGGGUAGGUCAAAGAAAGGAGCUUCUUGUCACCGGGGCAAUUCACUUUGGGGAGGCGUGGCUUGGCUGCACUCGGAGAUACAGGGACUUCCUGAAGCUGUACUAUGCUGCACAGGAAACAGGAAGUAACCCCUGUCACAUGGAAACUGACUGACAGCCCUCCACCGAUCAUUUGGCAGGAAUAAACAUUGGGGUUGAAUGUGCCAAAGGAAAGAGGGAAAUACUGUCCCAGGAUUGGUUGAAGGGUAGUACGUGACAGUUUGCUGAACCAAUGGGAGUAGCAGAGUGGUCAGAGGGGUGGGACCAACAGUGGGGCUGAUGCAUGAUUGGACCUGGACUUCAUCAGUAGGUCAAAAUAUUACUAUUGCAUAGCAACAACAGCAGUUGUACUAUCACUGUCUAGUGAGUGAAGUAAUGUGUGUGAGGGAGAGUGUGUGUAUGUGUGUGUAUUGUGUGUAUGUGUGUGUAUUGUGUGAUUAAUUGCUGGUUGGGUGAGAGUAAAUGUAUAUUUGCAUGAGUUGAUUAAACGUGUUAAUCAAAUAAAAUUAAAGUGCUUUAUAUAUCCUUUAUGACAAAGUUGAACUGCAUAUAUGUGUCUGUGAAUGAAAGCUGUGUUUGAGUGUCUGCCUGUGUGUGUGUUUUGUUUCCAUAAUAAAACUGCCUGAGUUUACAUUGACAUUACAUU